UAUAAUUCAUAAGCUCAUAGUCGGCAGAAACGGAGCAGGAGUAGUUCAGUGCAGCGAAUUAAACACUUGAAUCUCAACGAUAAGAAGUCAAAGCGAAAGUAACAAAUUAAGAAUGGUUUAAAAAGCUAUAUUGUUGUUAGAAUUUUACUGAAUUAUCAAUUUUUAUUUUGCAAGCAAAUUGCAAGGUAAAAAGCAUGGACUUUAACUCUUAUUGCAACCUGUAGAAGACGAUUCAUGUUAUAUAUCAAAGUCAGUUCGUAAAAUGGGAGCAAAGAUGGCCAGCCUUCCUGUCCUGAUUUUGAAGGUAACAGCGCUGAUUCUUGCGAUAGCGGUCAACUGUCGUGGUUUAGUCCCAAGCGGUGCAUGGUAUGGCGGUUGUUUUCCUGAUACCGAUCUACUCAUCAAUUACCAAGAUGUUUUUGUACCAGAAGGCAGCGAAGAUUUUAAUACAACAUUUAAUGGAGAUAAUGCCGUGAAAUGUGGCUCAAGAUGUACAGCUGUGCCUUCUGUCAAGUUUGGUCUCUUUUCGCAAACGGGUCUUUGUCUGUGCACUCUUCAGGUUCACCAAAUUUCUGCGUCUGUUGAUGCCAGUAACUGUGUCCAAAAAGUUUGCGACUUUGAAAAUACAACGGAGGACUGCGAUGGUACCACAUACCAUUGGCUGGUGAACAUGACGUCCAUGUUAAAAUCGGUUACUAUUCUUAAUUCUGAUGUGUUGAAGGGAUCUGUGCCACAAAACAUAAGUAUUCAAACUGACCCAGUCGAUAUAAACGUUGACAUAAAGAUCGAUUUUGGUGAUGGCGUGGCGGUCGACUAUGUCCAGGGAAGAACCAUGGCCUAUGUUUACAAGAAUGCUGGCUUCUAUAAAGUUUCAGUGACUGCAAGAACAUUAUCCGGUAUGGGCACUGCAUCUGCCAGCAAAGUAUUGCAAGUAGAGACGCCGCCAUAUGGUGUCAAUGUCAGCCUUAGCCCGCUUAUCGAAAAAGGCGAAACAAAACAGUAUACAGUGGCAAUAGUGGAAGGAAAUAACUUGACAGUGGAUGGAGAUAUUUAUAUUGGAAACACGCUAGUCACUCCAACGCAUGUGAAAAAUUUGGCUAUAGAAGACGCUUUCAUCGUUGCUGUUGGUGCUUCAGCGAAUGACCUCAUCCGUGCAACUAGCGUCUUAUCAAGCCCAAACUCUGGUGUUUAUAUCAUGCCGCAGUUUAAAUUUCCAACAGGAGGCAUAGUUUCUGCAUUUGAAGCUUACAUCUCUAAAGCCGGUUAUUUGCGCUUUCAGGUUUACAGACCAUCAUGUGCAACUGGACUGGUAUAUUGCUUUGCCAAUAAUGGCUGCAACGCAACUUGCAAUGAGACAGUCGAUAUGAUGUCUAACAUAACUGCAUCAUCAACCAUCAUUCAAGGGACCACCCCCGACUUUACUCUGAUUUCUGAGGUGAGCUUUCUUGCCAAUACCACUGGUCUGAAAUACUUCAAGCUGAAGACGGCAAACAUUGAGGUUCAGAGAGGUGACGUGUUAGGCCUUAAACUCUCUUCAUCAGAAGGAGAUAUUAGCCAUACAACAAGUGCUUCAGCUACAGAGUAUCACUUCAGUUUAGCGACAGAGAUAUUUCCUGGUAUGAUGAUACCAAGGCCUUCCAAGCCAAAGACAAUAACCCAUAGGAUAACGGCGCAUUUGUCUACCACAAGCUCGUUCAAAAUGACAACAACAUUCGCCGAGAUUGGAGUUGGAAAUGUCAAAGUAACUGCCAAGCAUCAAACUUUGGCUCCCUACAUUGGAAACAAAUACGUCCAAAUACAAGAAAGGAUAACUGGACUGAAAAUGGAGGAGCCAAAGUUGCUUUUACCAGCAGCCUAUGAAUUGCACAAAACAUUUACGAUGGUAUCAUCUGUGGCAACAGGAAGCAAUAUCACGUAUCGCUGGAUAAUUGAUUUUGGGGCGGAAAAUUUCACAUUCAAUAAUACAGAAGGCAAUCAGGCAUUCACGCCAAGCAGAGUUGGCUUGUAUGAUUUACGAGCUGAAGCGGAGAAUCUGCUCAGCAAGGAAAACGUUACAAAACAAUUCAAAGUGCAGGAGAAAAUUGUUCAGGUAGAUGUGUCUGGGCUGGUAAACGGUGCAAUUAUUACGAGGGCUUCUUUGCCAAUAAUUAUUACAGCAAAUGUACUUAAUGGCACAAAUGUGACAUUAACGGCAUCACUAGAAGGAGUAAAUAAUGUGACAAUAUUGCCAACUGCAUCUGGAGGAGUCACUCACAUUUUCAAUUUCAGGCCACUACCUGGUGACAUCUGUAAGAAAACUGUCGCCACCAUCACUGCCAAGAACGACAUUCCUGGGACGCAAGUUACAAAAAAUAUCGAUAUUGCCGUCUUGUGUCCAAUAACAGGGCUUGAAUUAAUUGCAAAUCCUGGCUUUAUGGAGUCAGAAGGUAUAAAAGAAAUUGUUACUGGCACAGAUUCAACAAUCCAGCUAACAGUCAAGCUAGCAACCGGUUCAUUUGCCGUGUACAGCUUGCAGAAAGAUCCCGCGAGUCCAGAUGUCGACAUAAAGAACCACUCAACCCAAAUCAAUCCAACAACAGUGACAUUUUCAUUUCAGUACAGUAUGCCGAAGGAGUACAUCGUGAGACUAAACAUCACAAACCCAAUAUCCAAGGUAGAAGAAACAUUUCGAGUGAAGGUCACUCAAUGUCCUCCUGAGGUAUUAGACAUCACAGGAAGUCCAAACUCCCUGAACCCUACACAGGUAUCUCGUGGUAUGGAUUACAAGGCUACUGGUACAAUUAGCGAGCCCAACUGCACAGACCCUGAGCAAGCUGUAAUAAAAUAUCAUAUUGCCCUUUAUAGGAUAGGAAAUGACGUACCAUUGGAAGAAAAGAAGAAUGUACCAAAGACAGAGCUUGUCUUUGUCAUUCCAAAGCAAAAGUAUCCUCACGGAGAAUACAAGGUGACAUUUACCCAGAAUGCAUCGCUAUCAAAAGGCCCACAAGUGAUCCAGAAGAAUGCUUUCGUCACUAUUAAUCAGUCGCCACUCUUCGCAACAAUCGACAGUGGUAGCCAAAGAAUUGUGCCUCUUAAAAAGCGAUUAAGCCAAGAGGCCAAUACAACAAGUUUUUAUGAAAUCAUCCUUGAUGGGAGUGCCUCAAGAGAUCCAGAUGAUGAAAAAACCGUUCUUACCUUCGAAUGGUUUUGCAAGGCUAACAUAUCCAAACCAAUGCUAGACGCGAGAUUCCAACUAUGUAAUCACACUGAGGAAAAACCAUAUCUCAAAAGUAAAUGGGGGUCAAAGAUGAAUUUAGACACAAAGGAUUUCCAGUUAAACGCGAAAUACACAUUCACAUUGAGGAUUAAAUUUCAAAACAGAACAUCAGAGUAUGCACAAGAAAUUUCAUUUCUCGAAGGUGCACCUCCUCCUGCUGAAAUUGGGUGCGUUACCAAUUGCAACACAAAAUGGAAUAUCCAAGAGAAAAUUAUCUUGCGAGGGCAGUGUCCAGAUUGCGUGGAUCUUGGGAGUAUUAUAUACGAUUGGGAAAUAUUGUACGGCAAUGGAACAAAAGUACCAGGAGUCACAGGUACGACUGAUAGUCUUGUGACAAGCACAGGAUGGAACAAGCAAAACUUAGUAAUAAACGCAGGGCAGCUUCAGGACAGCGUACAGUUCAAAGUCAUAUUAAAAGCGAAAUACGGAGAAGCAGGAAAACAAACAAUCAUCACAAUGGAACGGAACACGGCGUCCUUGCCGCACAGUGGAACAUGCGAAAUAUACCCAAAAGAGGGAUUUGUAGCUGAAACAAAAUAUCAGAUAAGAUGCAAAGAAUGGAAAUGCGAGGAUCUGCCAAUAACUUACCAAUACAUGACCAAAACUAGUGGUAAUAAACAAGUUCAAAUAUCUACGGUGUCCCGUGUAGACUAUCCAAUAUGGUAUAGUGGCAACGAGCCAUGGAAUCCUCCAAACAUACUGCCACUAGGCGUACCUGAUAAAGACUACAAAUUGGAGAUGGUAGUUCGAAUAUUCAAUGUGUACGGGUCCUUUCGAGAGUUAAAACCAAUCAAUGUCACGGUGAAAAACAUCAAAGUUACAGCGGAGAAAAACGCCUCAUCCAUAAUUGAAAAUUCAAAACCAAAGACGAACGAUUCUGUGGAAUUGUCACAAUGGGCUGCAAGCGCAGCUUCGAUUCUGAAUGCAGAACCAAGUGAUGUUACCACUGGAUCAACUGGGGCGCCAACCGCGGAAGAUAAACGGGAAAUAGAGCAGACAAGAACCAAAAUCAUCACCUCCUUGUCACAAGCAGACUUGAAAGACAUUUCUAUGUCAAAUUUGAAGCAGCUGGGUGAAGCACUUGGGACGCUCGUAUCGAAAGUUGAUGAAAUAAACGAUGAGAGCGAGAGUAUCGGCUCAGACUUCUUAACAAAAAUGGCUGGCAGCUUUUUGAAUAACAAAGACCCAAAUGCAGGAGCAGAAUUGUUAGAGCAAGCCUCCGCAGCAAUCAUUGGGCCCCUGUCCGACUUGAUGUCCGCUACAACAAGCAAAUCGGACGCCUAUCUCACAACAGCAAAAGAUAUAGAAAAUGAAAAUGAAGUGUCUCCUACAGCGGUCACACCUACGCAAUCCGGCUUCACGACACCACGGCCGACAAAGAAACAAAUUCAAAACAAGGCAGCUGAGUCAAAAAAGAACGUCAUAAACUAUCUUUCUGUUUUGGACAACGUUAGCGAAAGAAUAUUCAGAAACAAAGUUUCUGGGGAGGUUGCAACGGUGACAAAGGCAGAAGCCUUCAAUCUGGUACUUGUAAAGAAAAAACUGUCUGAUCUCAAUGGCUAUUCAGUCGAUUCUGGCGACCAAUCUUACGGUGUCGUUUUACCAGACGGCAUUUUUAAUGAGAUCCAGUUUAAUGGUUCCAGCGUGGGUCAAAACGAGACUGAAAUUUCAUUACAGGGAUCCUCCAUGAAAAGAAUUUUACAUACUUGGGAUGUUGACAAUGCUAAAGACAGCGCUAGCAAAAUCGAGACCUUGAAAAUGUUAUCAACAGAUUACAAAGGGUAUACAGUGGCCAAUUUAACAUCAGAUAUCACAAUAAAGAUCGAGAAUCGUCCAGAGAAGCUCAACUAUACAAAGAUUGCUUUGAACUUCCCUCAAGAGAUGAAAAUACGAAAGGAGAAAAUCAAGUCAUUUGACAACCCACUUUUAGCAGAAUUCGACAGCCCUGACAAUUCAUCAAGCAAUCUCACUGUGCUGAUCCAAUAUGGCUUCCCACCGACCGCAACCAACUACGAUGCCAGAUUGGAUAUAACCCCCGAUGGAAUAGCAUUGGUGAAGAAUCAAGGAAACGUGUCAGCUAACGGCACCACAAACACCACGUUGAACGCAGACAAGCCACUGGUUCGCAAUUCUCACAUUCGCGUAAUUGAUGACAAAACAAUCAUAAUGUGGGAUUUCGCAAACUUUACUUACGGCGCCAUGGGCAAUGGAGACAUGUUUUUCAAUUUCUUUUACAGCGGGCAAAUGCCAGAUCCAGUAUACGUGCCAAAUCAAUACACAUUCGAUAUACUGGAGUUGAGAAGGUCACGAAAUUACACGAUGCGGACAUUCUCCGCUAGCUGCCUUUAUUGGAAUCAAAACGCUAGCAAAUGGACUGGCGACGGCUGUAAGGUCGACCCAACGGCUACAACGUUUAAGCGAACCAUCUGCAAGUGCAACCACUUAACCUCCUUUGGGGGGUUCUACGUAAAGCCAAGGCCAAUACCCCCACUGAGUGCAGACAUGUUCCUGAACGGAUAUGUGCUGUUCGUUUCUGUCACAGUCGUCCUUAUGUUCUUCAUUCUCGGACUUGUUCUUGCACGGAGAGCUGAUAAAAAAGAUCUCCUGAAGGUCGGUGUAUGCCCGCUGCCAGACAACAAUCCUGACCACCAUUACCUUUACCAAAUAACUGUUUGGACGGGCCUAAGGAGAGAUGCUGGCACUAAAUCAAAUGUCUAUUUCAUCCUAUCAGGAGACAAAGGGGACACCCGAAUCCGUCACCUAAAAGACCCAGAGAGAAACACAUUUCUAAAAAACAGCUCUGAUGUUUUCGUCUUCAGUACAGAGAGCGCAUUAGGAGAUUUGUCGCACAUCAGGAUAUGGCACGACAACUCCGGAGGAGGCUGGUAUCUAAGAAAAAUGGUGAUCACAGAUCUACAAACGGACAAGAUGUAUCAAUUUCUGGCCAACCGAUGGCUUGCGGUCGAUCGAGACGAUGGUCAGAUUGAAAUGGUUGCCCCUGUCUCUGGAAAAGACGAGCUCAAGGAAUUUAACUAUGUCUUCAUGGCGAAAACAAGAAGUGAUCUUAGUGACUCACACCUUUGGUUUUCACUGUAUGCAAGAUCACCAAGAAGCCCGUUCACCCGCUGUCAAAGGUUGGCUUGCUGUAUGUCGUUGCUGAUGACAAGUAUGAUGACUAGUGCCAUGUUCUAUAACACAUACCCCAAGCCGACGCCUGAAACGGCCAACUACGCUGCAGGAUUAACAUUCACUUGGAAACAGGUAUAUGUGGCAAUCAUCUCAGCUGCAAUCACGGUCCCGAUCAACAUAAUCAUAGUGACAUUGUUUAGAUCAUCGAAGCCAAAAGACGUGAUCGAGAUACAGAAACGAAAUUCAUCGAAAACCGGGUCCAAGGCUAGCCUAGCUGACAAUGCCAGCAUAAAAAGUGUGGACUCAUUAGCAACUCUCAAUUCACCCGAAAGUCCUGUCUUUAACCAGAAUGGUCAGCAACCAUUGCUACAGAAGACAAAUGAAUUAGAAGAAAAGAAAGAGGAAAAAGAAAACCAGAAGAAGAAAGAGUCUUACCUUUUCCCAUAUUGGUGUGUCUACGUAGGUUGGGGCCUGGCAUUCAUUGGUAUCGUUUCAUCAUCCAUUGUCGUUAUUAUAUAUGGAAUGGUAUUUGGAAAUUCUGUUUCUUUGGAAUGGCUUUCUUCAAUAAUACUUGGAUUUAUACAAGAUAUCGUUGUCAUACAACCAAUCAAGAUCUUCGCCAUCGCAUUAUUCUUUGCUGCAAUAAUAAAGAAUGUUAAGGAUGAGCGGCCACAAGUGGAAGAGCAAGGAAGGAAAUUAGCAGAAGACGAAGAAUGGCUGCAUGCCCAUGCCGACACGUCAAUUGGCACAGGCGUUGACACAACCUCAUUGCGGCCUCCUGAAGGUUUAAAACUUGACGCAAUGCGAGAACUGCGGUUUAAAGAGCGCAAGAUGUAUGCAAUAGUCAGGGAGAUAUUGCUAUACACGUUCUUUGUGCUGGUGACCUUCUCCAUAUCGUACUCACUGCGAGAGGAAGUUGGAUUUUGGCAGACAAAUGGCUUGGAGCGUUUAUUCAAUUUGCCAACCAAAGAAACAGGGCAGUUUGAAAAGGAUCAAUUCUCUGGGGUUCUUUCAUAUAACGACUUUUGGCAGUGGAGUGACAAAGUUCUAGUUGAUGAGUUGUUUCCAACUCCCUGGUACGACAAAAACGUAGAUUAUCCACAAAAGACAAAAGAUUUUCCAGGAAAACUCCUCAUAAAUGACUUAAACCACAAGAUUGUGAAUGGAGUAAGGCUGCGACAAGUUAGAGUGAAAAAAGAUUCUUGCAAAAAGGCGAAACUUGUAAAAGAUGUCAUCAGUAUCGACUGUUCUGCACCGUAUGGCUUGUCAGCAGAGGACCAGUCGCAUUCCGUAUUCAAUUGGACAAACGAUGUGGAAGAUCGGCCUACGAUUACCCGUGAAAAUCAACCAUGGCUCUACCAAAAGUGGAACGAGCUUGAUGGCUACCCAUUCAUGGCAGAAUUAACAUCUUACUUUGGGGGUGGCUAUACGCAAGACCUGUUCCCAAGAUGGCCUAAUAAGGAAAAUUUAGAGAAGCUGAAAAGAGCACGGUGGAUCGACCGACACACAAGGGCUGUUAUCAUUGAGUUUGCAUUGUUCAACCCUUCAACAAAUCACUUCAGCAUGGUAACAAUCACCUUUGAGUUCGCUGCCACAGGAGGCUGUAUACACUACUACAGUAUCUAUACAUUCAAACUAUAUAGAUACACAACUGGAUAUGCUUUCUUCACUAUUGUUUGCGAGGUUCUCUUCCUCCUUCUGCUACUUAUGUAUUUGUACAGAGAGGGGAAAGAAUGGUACCAGUUAAGGGCAAAGUAUUUCACUCAAUUCUGGAAUUUGGUCGAAGUGAUCAUCAACCUCCUUUCAAUCGUCGCAAUUGGAUUUUAUUUCUACAGACAGAAACUAGCGAGCGACCUCCUGCGACGGCUGCCGGCCAAAAAGCCACAAACAUUCAUUAACUUUCAGUUCGCAGCCUACAUCGACCAGAUCUUCAUUUAUAUUGUUUCCCUGAUCGUGUUCUUUGUCAGCAUAAAGUUCAUCAAGCUAUUGCGAUUCAACCGUCGCAUGUCAAUCCUAGCCGAAACCCUGAAAGAUGCCUGGUACCCUCUAGGUAUGUUUUCAAUUGUGAUGGGCAUUGUCUUAACAAGUACCUUUGCCUUUGCAACAAUCGUUUUCGGACGACACAUGUACGGGUAUCGUAACAUGCUGGUUACAGCGGCCACCCAAAUAAGUUUGCUCCUUGGCAAGUUCAAUUUCUACGAAUACCAAGACACAAACAGAGUUAUUGGGCCGAUAUUUUUCCUGCUUUAUAUCAUCAUGGUGAAUUGGAUCCUAUUGAAUAUGUUUCUGUCGAUCAUCAAUGACAGCUACGAAGUGGUAUCCAGCGGCUUGAAGGAGCAGUCAAAUGAUUACGAAAUCGUGGAUUUUGUUAUGGAUCAGUUCAAAGCGUGGAUAGGUUACGGCAAGACCCGAAAGGAAGAGAUACAACAAAACAUCCGUUGGCAGAGUGCUACAAAGAAGAUGAAUGCACUGAGAGCUUUUUCAGCAGCCUCCAACAAAAAGGGCGUGCAUUGGGGAGAUAAAGAUGUACUGAGUGGCCUAACAAGCUCAGUUUAUUGGCACGAAAACCCAACCAUCUUUGAAAAGAAGGAUCUUGAUUCAAGCGAAAUCAACAAAACCGUCGACCGUUUCAUAGAAUGCAUUAACUUGCUGUAUUUCGAUGACACCGAAGUCGCAGAGAAAAUGAGCAAAAAAGUGAAACAAGAAAUCAGUGAUUAUGACUUCCUGAAGCAGCAAAAACAGUCAGAAAAAGAGUAAUUUAAAGCACGCAAUAUUUUGUUUAAUAUUACUUUAAAUUUAAUUUCUUUAGUAAACUGACGAAGCCUCUAUGGAGGGUAAUAAGCUCUUUACAUGAUAAAAUCCCUAGCAAAUAGAUUAUUUCGAGGAGUAUCACAUGGGAUGGGACCAUUACGGAAAAUGUCACUCAUAAUAGAGUCAGCCCUGUAUCAUAGAAUUUAAGGGUUCAAGACAGUAUGUCUCCUUACAACCCAUGAUGAGUUUAUCUCCCUUUAAGUCGAGGUGAAACACAUGUUGAACACAAGGUAACCAAGUCUCAGCUGGGGCUGGACCCUCAUUUAAAUGCUGCUGUACCAUUUCAGAUGAGAUUUUUCAGAAUUUCUAUGGGUUUUUAUUGGGGUAUCUAAGCAGAACGGAUAUAGCGCAACAGCAUUCGGCAAGGCCCGUUUUGAGUCGGUUCGUAAUGGCACAAGUGUUUCAAAGAUCGAAUAUUUGAUUUUCAGACAUAGUUUUGUUUGUUCUGAUUCGGCUAAAAUACCCAAAACAAAUGGUGCUUGAUAUGGACUAGGUAAUUUUUCAGUUUGCCAUCUAUAUGAUGUGUAUAUACUUUACAAAUGUUUCGACAGUGGCUAUUAGUGUUCGGCAAUGAAAACAAAGCGGGCGAUGUUUUGUGCACUUGGCGGCAAUUGCAUCUCCUCCACAACGCCACUAGUCGUUACUUCGAGAUGUACGUAUUUGAUAAUAAAAACAACUUUACUCUUCUAUGUUAUUUUCGGGUAUUUAAUGAUGUAGUGAUUGCUUUAAGCAGGAUGGGAUUAAUUAAACUAAGCUUUAUCAAAUUCAGUGAAUGAGUCACAAGA